AUAUCUCUAAUCGACCACACAAUGGCAUCAUCUUCUCCUUCAACCAUGAUCCAGAUGCCUCCAACUCCACAAACCAACGGCAGCCAGCCGACGGCUCCGACCACGCCAAAGGACGCCGGCGACUUCCCGACCAUGGGGCACGGAGCAGCUGCUGGACGAGCACCCACGGCGACGGACAAGGUCAUGUCGAGCGCCGCGAACCUCGCGCAGCUCCUGCCGACGGGCACGGUGCUGGCUUACCAGGCGCUAUCCCCAUCCUUCACCAACCACGGCAAGUGCUUGUCCUCCAACCAGUGGCUCACCGCGGCGCUGGUCGUCGUCCUCACCAUCUCGUGCAUCCUCUUCUCCUUCACCGACAGCGUACUCGGCCGCGACAAAAAGCUCUACUAUGGCAUCGCCACGCCGCGCGGUUUCAACGUCUUCAACUUCUCGGACGAAGAGGAGAAGCUGCAGUGGACUCCCGAUGAGUUCCGGAGGCUCCGCAUCCGGCCGCUGGAUUUCAUGCGCGCCGUCUUCACGGCCCUGGUGUUCCUCACCGUGGCGUUCAGCGAUGUGGGCCUGCAGAACUGCUUCUUCCCCAACGCCGGCAGGAACACCGAGGAGCUGCUCAAGAACCUGCCACUGGGCAUCGCGUUUCUAUCCAGUUUUGUGUUCAUGAUCUUCCCCACAAAAAGGAAGGGCAUCGGCUACACUGACACCACUCCUCCCAGAAAGCUCACUUGAUGUUCAGAUCAAUCUUGUUUCUAAACCGUUGAUUGAUUAGAUUAUACGUACAUCAAUGUAUUUAGUACUAUAAUUACAUGAUGUUUAGAUCGAUUAGAU